AUGAGAAAUAAAAUUGUUCAAAAUAUUAUAGAAACCAAUUCAAAGAUUUCUAUAUUAAUUGAUGAAUCAACAACAAAUAGUUCAUCAUCUGGUAUGAUUAUUUAUCUCAAAGCCUCCAUAUCAUAUGAUUCACCUGUUUUUAUAUUUUUGGAUUUAAUUGAAUUGAAAAGUCAAACAUCUAUAAACAUCAUAGACCAACUACUUGAAUGUUUACAUCAACAUGGAUUUACUGAUAUUUAUUUAAAAGAACAUUGGAUAUCAUUUGUCACAGAUGGAGCCAGUGUUCUUUUAGGAAAAACUAAUGGAGUUGCUGCACGCUUAAAAGAAAAAUUUCCAAUAAUAUUUAGUUGGCAUUGCAUUAACCAUAGGUUAGAAUUGGCAGUUAAUGAUGUGUUAAAAGAUAUUACAGCAACCAGCUAUAGAACUGUAAAAGUAGUUUGGAAGAUGUAUCCAGCUUUAUACAAACACUUUAAAGAAGCUUCUGAGGAUAAGUAUCGUGAUCAAAAAACUAGAUCCAAGUAUAAAGGUCUUUGUAAACGGUUGGAAAGCUUACAAUUUCUUUCAGACUUGGCACUUAUGUGUGAUGUGUUGUCUGAAUUAUCUCAACUGUCAUUAGAUUUGCAAAGUCGGGAUGCAACUUUGAUACAAGCUGAUAAAAAAAUUAAAAGAACUAUUAGAGUAAUUGAUUCUUUAAAAACUAUCAAUGGUGAUUAUUAUGCUGAAGCAGUCGAGGCUAUCGAACAAAUGAUGUUUAAAGAUAUCCCUUUAUAUAAAAAAACAUGGCCAGCUGACGUAAAUAUUCGUUUUGGUGAACAGGAAGUAAAACGACUUUGUAACAGAUUUCUUUUAAAUCAAGAAAAAACAUUAAGAGGAUUAAGAAUAUUAAUCGACGAAGAAACCAAUGAAAUUGAAGAACUAAAUGAAAUAAAUAAUUUGAUAAAAACGAUCCCAUGUUCUACAGCAGAAUGUGAACGUGGAUUUAGCUUAAUGAAUAUUAUUUGCACUGACAUACGUUCAAGAUUGACAAUUCACAAUAUUUCAAAUUUGAUGAUGAUUAACAUUAAUGGUCCACCAUUGAGUAUAUGGGACCCUGAAGACUAUGUCAAAAUGUGA